CUACUGCAAGCGUAGUUGCUGAUAUACAAAUAUUGACAAUAACCGUCAGUACGCUCAUGAUGUCCUAGUCGCCACGAAUCAACAGCAAAGGAAAGCCUCACUCGACGCAGGCUUUCUGAAGGGGGGCCAUCUCUCAAGGAGCAUGAACAACGUGCCUUUCCCCCCGAAGUAGCAUAUACGCACAUUUGCGGCUACUAUUGCGGACUGUAGCUGGGAAAUGGACCAAUGACAUCGACUUUUAGAGCGUAUGAAAUGAGGUCACGCCGCAUCACAUCCCUAUAUGCGCCCAUCGUGCAUGACAUUUGCAAGCUUGAAGCUGCCGUGUUGACUUUGUUUUUCUCUCCUGAAAAGAACGGCUUGCCAAAAUUUGCUCAUCACUUGCGCUGCCUUGCAAUAGCUGCACCAAUACAACCAUUCGCGCUACAGCAUGUUGCGCUUCAACUCAGGCGGCCGCUUCAAACCAGGCCUGUUGUUGGUCUUCGUAUUGCUCUUUUCCUUGCUCUCAUCAUUCACGCUCAACUCUGGUCUGGUCGCCGCAGGAAGGCCAAAGGGCAGUAAAAAUAAGCCGAAAGUAGCGACAGGCGAAGAUCCUUGGUUAAGUGGUAGCCAGGAUACCAAAAAGGACAAGGCGGUUGCUUCCAAGAAGGGGCCCAAGAAAUGCUACAGAAUGAAGAUUGCAAUCAUUAAGACAAUGGAGGAGCAGACUUCUGGCUCAGACGAAUGCCAUGAGAUCUGCCAAACCUUCAUUCACAAAUGGCGCGAGAGUUUCGGGAAGAAAGAGCACAUGCCGUGUGUGCUAGGACUCCCAUGUGUCAAUGGCUGGAGCGUUUCAACCGACUUGACAAAUACCGACCUUAUGUAUGACGUGAGCAAAAGCGCAUGUCAAUCGCCUGGCUGCAAACUGCCUUGCACAUGUAUUGUACAAGCGAUGUUUUGGCGAAUACGGCAACCAUUGGAUUUCGGAGACUAUGCGUCAAUCCCGAAGCACGCCAUGUUCGGUGACCCUAUGCUUCAUUGGGAUGAUGUUCAGCCCAUCGAGAACAUCGGGGAUCGAUUCAAGUGCAUCCCAAAGUUUCUGUUGUGGACGAUCCUCAGAUCUGGUGUGCCCGCAGAUUCUUGGCACAGAUUACCAAUACCCGAGUAUACGGCAGAGUGGAAUCUCUCUUGCGAUCCAACAUCAGAGGAGGUAAGUUGUGGGUGCGGCCAGGCGCGAGGGCUCGGUGAAGAUUGCCGUGCCAGACAGGACAGGCAGGGCGCACAUGAUGCUGGUCAGUCCAGCCAUGAGCCAGGCCGCGACACAAACCGGAUUCUUCCGUUUGAUCUGAACCAGCCGCCACUUGAAGAUGAUCAAAGCUACCAGGGUAUGGCGUACCACUUCGACGCAAUCCGAGAAGCUGGAGCAUACGACCAACAACGUGAUACGUCGUUACGCAGCACGUUUCAGUCUUGGAAUGCCCCGAACGAUCAACAGGGAUACCCGUAUACCCGCAGGGAUUUCGAGCCCAUGGAACAGUAUGUGCCUCAAAUUGGCCAUGACCCCUAUCCAUAUGCACCUGCAGUCCACUUCUCUUCGCAAAUGGGUGUUUACGGAAACGACCCUCAGAGCACUUACCCUGGAUACUUGCAUCAGGGCCAGUACAACUUUGCGCCAGGGCAACCCUCGAGUGGCUACGGAAAUGACCCUCAGACCAAUGACCCGGAGAACCAGCUGCCCUAUCUUGAACCGUUUGCUGACCCGAGUUGGCCGCAAGGAUAUCCCGCUUGCUACCGCACACCCGAUGGUGGGCGGAACUGUGGAUUCAGGUAGCUAAGCCUUGGUCGACGAAUCACGAACUCAUUAACCAAAUGCUGACCAGGUGUCCAAGUUCCUAUUCCAUUCAUACGCAUCUUAUACUCCAAGUCAAAUUUCAGUUUUUUUUAACUGACGAGUUCAAAUCAAUCAUCAGCUCGAACGUAGAUAUUGUAAGGAAUGGAGGAAUCGGGGAGAAAGGGAGCUUGUAAUGAAGACAGGGCUUGAACAGAGGCAUGUUUUUAUCGCUAAAGUUAUCAACUGAGGAACAAGACAGCAGAAGGCCCCCUUUACAUUUCUAUCAAGCUUGAGCGAGAGAACUGUCAAUGAAGGGAAACAAGAGAACAGGAGCCGACGUGGAGAUGUCAGGU